GCUAGUUGAGCAGUGUUUGAUUUGGGAUGUAUUUACCUAAGAAAAUAUACAACAGUCCAGCACCAAAGUUCACAUUGAAACCCUGCUGUGGCCUUGGCUGGCUGUCUCUCUGCAGUGUUACUUCUCUGGAGCACAGAGCUCUGCCAACAUGAAAUGCCUGCUCCCACCCCUCAUCAUUUCUCUCAUUCUCACAUCUGUGUGUGGGAAUAAGAAGCUGGUGGAUCCGCUUGAGGAAGGAAAGGAUCCCCAGUGGGGAGAGUUAAAUAAAAAAAACCUGAGCAUGCCCCUUUUCCCUGCUGACUUCCACAAGGAAAACACAGUCACCAAUGAGUGGAUCCUAGAGGGGGAAGAGGAUGAGGACUAUUUGGAUCUGGAGAAGAUCUUCAGUGAAGAUGAUGACUACAUAGAUAUCAUUGAUGCUGUUUUGCCAACAGAUUCUGAAGCCAGCUCUGGAAACAUCCUGCAGCUCUUUCAAGGCAAGAGCAGGAUCCAGAGGCUCAAUAUCCUCAAUGCCAAGUUUGCUUUCAGCCUGUACCGGGCACUGAAGGAGCAGGCCCACACUUACGACAACAUCUUCAUAGCCCCAGUGGGCAUUUCAACUGCCAUGGCGAUGCUGUCCUUGGGCCUAGAGGGGGAGACUCAUGAACAAGUGCACUCAGUUCUGCACUUUAAGGACUUUGUCAAUGCUAGCAGCAAGUAUGAGGUCGCAACCAUUCAUAACCUCUUCCGGAAGCUGACUCACCGCCUCUUCCGGAGAAAUUUCGGGUACACACUGCGCUCAGUCAAUGAUCUUUAUGUCCAAAAGCAAUUUCCAAUCCUGGAUAAGUUCAAAAAUAAAGUAAGAGAGUACUACUUUGCUGAGGCCCAGGAGGCUGACUUCUCAGACCCUGCCUUCAUAUCGAAAACCAACAACCACAUUCAGAAGCUCACCAAGGGUCUUAUAAAAGAUGCUCUGGAAAAUAUAGACCCAACUACUCAGAUGAUGAUUCUAAACUGCAUCUACUUUAAAGGCUCCUGGGUGAAUAAGUUCCCAGUGGAAAUGACACACAACCACAACUUCCGGCUGAAUGAGCGAGAGGUGGUCAAAGUUUCUAUGAUGCAGACCAAGGGGAACUUCCUGGCAACUAAUGAUCAGGAGCUGGACUGUGAUGUCCUACAGCUGGAGUAUGUGGGGGACAUCAGUAUGCUUGUCUUGGUUCCCCAUAAGCUGUCUGGGAUGAAGACUCUGGAGACACAGCUGACACCCCAGGUGGUGGAGAGAUGGCAGAAAAGUAUGACAAACAGAACUCGAGAAGUACUCCUACCUAAAUUCAAACUGGAAAAGAACUACAACCUGGUGGAGGCCCUGAAAUCACUGGGGGUCACAGCACUGUUUGACAGAACCAGCAACAUGGCAGGAAUUUCAGACCACAAGCUCAUCAUCGACCUGUUCAAGCACCAAGGUACCAUCACAGUGAACGAAGAGGGCACCCAAGCUACUGCAGUGACCACAGUGGGGUUCAUGCCACUCUCUACCCAAGUCCGUUUCACUGUUGACCGCCCUUUCCUCUUCCUCAUCUAUGAGCACCGUACCAGCUGCCUGCUCUUCAUGGGGAGAGUCACCAACCCCACUAUGUCUUAAACUAUGUCGAGGUCUGGGCAUCUCCAGUGUUUGGGGGGCUUAAAGUCUAUUUCCAUUCUAAAAAUGAGAACAGAGAUGUUUUGGGAUCAUGGUUUGUGUGGUUUAUGUUACCAUUCUGAAACUGAAACCCGUAAGAGAGAAGAAAGUAACAAAUGACUCAGAAGCUUGCUGGAAUCAAUUCUGCACAGUGAAUAAUGCCUUCACAGAUCUAAUAUACCUAGAGUGUACCAGUGGUUAGCUGGAGGGUUCUCAGAAGUAUUCAGACUGACUCACUUCCUGCUUCCUGAGCGCAAACCUGGUGGUGGUGGGGACUGCUCCUUGGGCACUACAUUCCCCUACAGUUUCUACCUUGUGCACAAAACCUCUCAACUGGGGCUCCAUAUCUGAACACAGAACACAAGAUGAGCACAGGACAGAAUUCCCUCCUCUUCCAAGGAUGGUGUACAGCUAGCACCAGCUCUGAUGUCCAGGAGAGAAGUGGCAUUGAGACAUCCCAUGGGAGUCCUGAGUACUAAGGACUCUUUCUCUCAAAGUACAACCUUCUGACUUGAUGCUAAAUGACACCUUUACUCUUAUUAUCAUCUCACUGCUACCCAGAGGACAGUUUGUAUACAUGGCCAUGCCUUACACCCUAGAGGUAAAUAAAUAUAGCCACAUUAA